AUGGACCCUACUCCAGGAGUUGAGGCACCUGUUGACACUAGUACUUUGUAUGAGACACCUACACCUUCACCUUCUAUUCAUCCUGAGCCACUAAAGAAAGAUUUUAAGUGCAAAUUAUACAUUGAGAAAGGUGGUGAUGUUGUGGCUCUUGGACGGGUGGUGGCUACCAAAGGCAAUGUACAUGGGAAAAGUUUAGCACCUGGUAACUAUCGCGUGGUUGUUGAUAGAUGUCUAGAUGGGAGUGCAAAACUACCAGUCUCAGUUGGGGAUGAGAUGACUCUUGUGGUUCAUGUAGUCAACAGUUAUGUUGCUUGGCCAUCGCAUCUGAUCAUUACUUAUGAUCAUGAACAGGAACCCAAGAGACUAAAGAGAAAGAGGAUUUCAGCAGCUUGUCCGCCAACACAAGACCUAAAACAUCCGCCACAACAUCUUCCCACUACUCAAGAAGAGGCAGGAUCAAGUAUGGCUAGUAAGUCGCCGAUUAUCUUCAAGGUUCCCACUGGACUUCCCAUGUUUUUGAAGAUACUUCUAGGUUCAGUUAAGUACGUAGAACCAGGAUUCAUGAUUGACAUUCUUAUGGAGACCAAUAUUAUGGGCAAACAAUAUACCUUAUAUAUCUCACAUGAGGAUAUAGUACACUUUGGACUUAUGGAAGAAAUCGGCGCAUCUUGCAUUUCAUUCUAUAUCAGGUAA